CAUUAUUAUUGUGCUGACACAAAUAACCGCUACAUUGUCAUCACAUGAACAUCACCACAGCCUAAUAGUUUGUGUUUCUGACUGUCAUAUUUUAUAGCAUGUUUAACAUUUUUUUACUGUUUCUUCUUUUCAAGUUUUAUUUCUGGUGGAAAGAAGAGUUCCUGUUCCCCUCAACAGUUGCAACAAUUAGAACUGACAAGCAGUUUUACAUGUAUUUGUAUAGGCCAUGGAAAAUAUAUACCUUAAAUCUUUUCAUAGUAUAUAUUUUCCUUCACAAAGGCACCAUUGGACAGGGAAAAAAAUCCACAAAUUACAUAUCAUAAAAAAGCACAUGGUUAUUCAGUGACCUCUUAUUAUCAGAAGUACAACACUUUGUUCAUGAUUAACUCAAGAGUCCAAGCCACACCCUUCGUGAGCCAUAUUGUGAAAGAAGUGAUGCUACUUUAAAAAGGCAGGGUGACUCCCUCUUCAGUUUGUCACUCCUACACAUAAUAAACCAUUCUCGCACAGCCUUCCCCUUUCAGUUUUAGAGGGUACACUCGUCUUCAACCAGCAUAUGGAAAUGGAAGAUCAAAUGGAAAGCCAGAAGAGGAGGGGACAGAGCAGAGAGGACUUAAUAUCUGAACAGACAGGAUCUUUGGGAUGCGUGGGUUGGAUAAUAGUCAUACUUUCUGCCAUCUUUAACGUCUGCCUCUUCCCACUCACCAUUUGGUUUUCUCUCAAGAUUGUUCAAGAGUAUGAGCGCGCUGUCAUCUUCAGACUGGGCCGCAUCACCGAUAGGAAGGCUAAAGGACCAGGAAUUUUCUUUGUUCUGCCUUGCACUGAUUCCUUUGUGAAAGUGGACCUGAGAACUGUCUCAUUUGACAUCCCACCACAAGAGAUCCUUACCAAGGACUCAGUCACAGUGAGUGUGGAUGGAGUGGUGUAUUUCCGGGUCAGCGACCCCAUCUCCUCCGUGGCCAACGUGACUAAUGCUGACUUCUCCACCCGUUUGCUGGCCCAAACCACCCUGAGGAACGUCCUGGGAACCAAGAACCUGUCUGAGGUCUUGUCUGACCGUGAAGGCAUCUCCCACAGCAUGCAGGUGAGCUUGGAUGAGGCCACAGACAACUGGGGCAUCAAGGUGGAACGUGUGGAGAUUAAGGAUGUGAAGCUGCCCAUUCAGAUGCAGAGAGCCAUGGCUGCUGAGGCAGAGGCUGCGCGAGAGGCCAGAGCCAAGGUAAUUGCAGCUGAGGGUGAGAUGAACGCAUCCCGUGCUUUGAAGGAGGCCUCCCUGGUGAUUGCAGAGUCUCCAUCAGCCCUGCAGCUUCGCUACCUGCAGACCCUUAACACCAUCGCAGCAGAGAAGAACUCCACCAUCAUCUUCCCCUUGCCCAUGGAUGUCAUGAGCCACUUCAUGAAGAAGUGAAACCAUCAACCUGUCCUGGCUUGUGGGCUCAUCAGUGACAUCUCAAAUAGUCGAUUUUCUAAAGUCUCCGUUAAGUAAAACAGUAAAACGCUGAGACUAAAGUCAGGAUGAUCCGAAUAUCUAUGGCAUAGAUAUUUAGCAAUGCAAUACAUAAUGAUACAUGCAUGCAAUGCAUGUUUACGAUUUAUUUAGUAAGACAGUGAUCAGGCCAGGUCUGCUAACCAACCCCUGUGAUUUGAAUUACUGCAGGUUGAUGCUUAAAGAAUUUGAAUAUCUGAGUCAUAACAGUGUUUACAACAACAGUUUGUAAUGAAAACGGUUAUUUUUACAAUUAUCAGAACAUAUUGAAAUUAGUGUUAGAAUUAAUUUAUUAUACAUAAAAUGUUUGAUAUUAUACAAUAUAAAGUUCAUCAAAUAUAUCUUUUGAUACUCUGACUCUAUAUUAAAUGUGAAAGAGCUGAGCUGUGUUGCAGAGUUGAACUGUGCUGAAUAUUGAUCCUGUGAUGCAAAGCAGACACACUGUCUGAUGCUUCUUGUCUCUUGUUUCGCCAAGCAUUAAUGUAUUUUGGUAAUAGUUUAUCACAAUUACUGAUGGACUGUGCUAUCCCGCUGCCUUUGACCAGAUCCUGAUUCAUUUUUCAGCUUUAUGGAUCCACUUGGUCUGAUGAUAUCCAUAAAGAUGAUAUAACAUGGCUCACAGACUUGAUCCUCUUCCAGGCCACUUGUGACCACAUCACACUCCAGAAGACCCAGCCUGUCUUAAUAAUGUUGCAAUAAUGUCAGGUCAUUGGUACAGAAUGGUGUUUGUUAUUAUCUCUUCUCUUUACCCACAUUGAUCGGUGA